GCUGAACGGCCGGCUAGGCCGGUCGCGAAUGACAAAAAAAAAAAAAUAACGUAUUGACCACCGGCCGGUUCGGCCUGAAAUGGACCGGCCGUUUGGGAUUGUUCCCGGUUUUCCCGAUGGCCAAUCCGCCCCUGCCAGUUGGAUCCCAAACAAGCAAAAACCGUUUCUGCCAAUCAAGAAUGUGCAGACCACGGUAAAGAGCAGCUACAGACUGGCCAGAUGUCCCUGCUCCAGAGGAAUCCCUUCCUCUCCCUCGUUGUGGUCGUUUGGUUCUUCUGUGAGAAGAGAAGAUCACCCCAAGAAUGAUGAUGACGAUGAUGCCGACGAUGAUGCCGACGAUGCCACCCGGAGGAAAAGUGGAGUCGUUGCCACCACCUGAAAGAAUGGAGGAGAGAUGUUGAAGGCAGCCACACAGAGCUAGAAUAUAUGCUGGAAAGAGAAACUAAAUGGCACAACUGUUGCACUUCAUCUUCAACACAGCAAGAUGGGUGCAAUAUUCAACUUACUUGAGCAGCACAGACUGGAUUCUUACUACCUUAAAUUUGUUGAGUUUGGUGUGAAGGAUGAAAGAGAUUUCAUUGAUGGUGUAACAGAUGAAGACUUGAACAACAUCGGAUUAAGCCAGGUGGAAAGGAAUCGCUUUUCAGCCAUGAAAGACAACAUUCGCAGACUUAGAGCUCCAGCGGCUGCAAUGUCUGUGAAGAAGUCGUUGGAGUCCUUCUGUCUGCAGUACACGUACCCCAAAUGCCCUGAACCAAAAUAUAUCAGAGAUAUGGAUCCUGAACAAAAUACAGUUGAAGAUCUGAUGUUGAGGAUCUGUCACAUGGAAAGUGUAAAUCAAUCCAAAAGGGUCUGUCUCUACACAGUGGAUGGAAUGCCUUUGACAGAUGAUCCCUUCUUCAACACAUGGUCUUUAAAAGACAGACAUAUUGGAAAUAAGGAUGUAAUCUAUGCCAUAUUCACGCCAAAGGAAAACCUGAGAGCAGCUCCUCAAAUGCUGACGCGAGAGGUUACUGAAACCUACGGGACUGAUACAGUUCGAUGCCACAUCAUGCUCAAGGGAGACUUUGAGGUGACAGUGAAUUUGGCAAGCGACACAAUAUCUAAAUUGAAGAACAAGCUCGCCAAUGAAAGUGGAAUCCCAGGACAUGUUCUUCAUUACAAAGGCGGACACGGUAGCGGCAACACAUUGGAAAGUUGUGGAAUCUCAGAUGGGUCGACAGUGCACUUCACCCUGUCCACAUUUCCUGAUGACAUUCCAGACCACAAAACAUUCUUCAUCGAUGAUGUUGUGCCCUCAGUGCAACAAACCAAGAAAGGAAUCAGUGUCUUCUUGUCUUCCCUGUAUAUUAUCAAAAAUAGGGGUCUAGGAGUUGGAUACAAACCUGUGAUUGCAUACAUACGAAAACUGACCGGAUGUAACCCUCUGGCCCAAAGUUUGUAUCAGUUAAUCUGGAGGAAUGAGGUCAUAUCAAGGAAUCAGAAGAUCGCAGUGGUUGAAGGCUUGUACAUGCUCUUUAGAGAGCUUUUGCCAACGCUUGAAACAAAACGUGGAGACAGGAUCAUUGAUGACCUUGAUGUCUUUGAGUAUUCAACAUACUGCUGGGCACACCUCUUAUCUGAAGCAAAGAAAGAAACGUCAGACCACGAGAACUAUGCACCAUUAUCUCUGAUGUCUGAAGAAGGCAGCCGUUUCUGUGAUCCAGUCACUCUACCUGGAACACAAGGUGUUUUUGAAAGAGCAGUUGUACUUCAAAAAAUCAAAGAUGGCGAGAAGAUUCCAAACUGCCCUGAAGUAGUUCUGAGAGAAACGUCCCUCACCAGAGCCACUGACAUUGAGAGGAUUUUGCUCAGCGUUCAUCCGUCAAUUAAAAGAUAUCAUCUCUGGAUAUCUCAUAACAGUGUGACUGGUCAGAACUUUCACAUAAAUACUGAGAAGACAUUUGGAGACAUGGCAGAAGAAUUGAAAACGUUUCCUCAACUUACUGUCACUCCACCACUGCUUCUGAAAGAACUGGGGUUGGAUGAUGUACAACUGGUUUUCCUGAGUAAAGACAAGCUUGGUGUCUAUUUGACUAAAAAUAAGGCAAAUCCUACACAGAUUGAAGUGCAUGAUUGUCUGGCUGGCAAAAGACAAACUAUGGACGUGAAUUCAUUAGCAACUAUAACUGGUGACCAUAGGGAUGACUCUUCAAUAGUCACAACCGGGACUCCAAAAGAGGCUAUACUGGUGAUGAUAGAUACAAGUUCAUCCAUGGCAGCGAAGUGCUAUGGAAGUGUGGACAUACAGAAAAUCCAUGCUGUUAAAGAGCUUUUUGACAACUUUGCAACACGGACCAUGGCUUAUGACUUCCAUCAUGUCAUUGGCCUUGUGAAGUUUGACUCUACAGUGGAAACUCUCCACACAUUGACGGAAUCACUUGAGAAGUUCAAGGACGAAGUCCGCACCCUUAAGGCAAGCGGAAAAACUAAGCUGUACGAUGCCCUGCAACAUGGAAUUCUUGAGUUGGACAAAGCAAAGAAGUUUCUAGACUGUAAACUUCGGAUUCUUUGCCUCACAGAUGGAAAUGAUGUUGGAUCUUUAAACAAGCCCGAUGUUGUUGCUGCCAACCUGAUAAAAUCCAACAUCAUUGUGGAUUCAAUUCUUCUUGGAAAAGUGGAGAACAAUAUUCUCCGUGGAAUCAGCAAUGCAACAGGGGGUUGCUGUUUCAAACCAGAGACGAGCAAAGAUGGUCUGAAGCUUUUUGAGAUCGAGACUGUUCUCUCUUUGGAGUGGAGGAAACCCAAGAACAAAGCUGACCCAUCUUCCAUCACUAAAAGUUUUUUAACAAAAAUUCAUCAUGGGUAUGAUGAAUUUCCAGAGACGGUCUUGCCAAGUCAGAUGAGCAGUAAAGUGACAGUAACAGAGAGUGUUCUGAAAAAGAAGAUGCGGGACGCCAACAUUGGGAAAUUGAUGGAAAAGGACAAACGUAUCCUGGAGGAGCUGAGGAGCCUGCAUUGUGACCCACACCCCUACUUCACUGUCCUCCCAUCAGAAUCUGACUUCACAUUCUGGAAGAUUCUCAUGGAUGGACCUCCUGACACAGCUUAUGAGAAAGGAGCCUUUGAGUUGUUCUGCCAGUUUGGUCCCGACUACCCAGUGAAGCCUCCACUUGUUCGCUUUGUCACACGUGUGUACCACUGUAACAUCAACAGUGUUGGGCGCAUCUGCCACAACAUAUUUGACCGGAACUACAAUGCCCAAAUCACCAUGAGAGACAUCCUCAGUGCUGUAUAUGGACUGCUCAUCAUGCCUGAGCCUGACGAUCCACUGGACAGCAUUCUGGCUGAGGAAUUCAUGACCAGCCGUGAGACAUACGAAAAAGAGGCCAAAAAACACACAGAGAAAACUGCCUCGCAAUCACGGGAUGAUAUGGAGAAGAAAUUGGUGGAUCCUGGGAAACAGCUUGCACCCCAACAUCUAAUCUGUCCACUCACCAAAAAGAUGUUUAUUGAACCAGUGAGAACAAAAUACGGAAAUGUGUACGAACGAAAGGCCAUUGAAGAAUACCUCAAAACAUCCUCCAGCCGGAAAUCAUUCUCAGCAUGCUAUGUUGAAGGACGUCCCAAUUCCUAAAAUGGACAUUAAGGAGUGAGGAUCGAGGAGGCUACUGUAACUCCACCUCAUCGUCUGUCCAGACAAAAUUGUCAGCUUUUGUUGUUCGCUUCACGCUACUAGGAAGAGAAGAGGGAGAGAGGAGGAGAAGAGGAAGACUAGUAGACGGAAGGCUCUACGCAGGCGCGCGGACUUGGUGGAUCACAUUUCACACACUUUUGCGUCACCAUAUGCUCGCAGAUUCCCCCCACCACCUCCAUAAGGCUAGUCUAAACGCGGAAUAAAGAGUGAGAUUGCAAUGCCACUUUUGUGUUUUCUCGUCAGAUCGUUUCCGUCUACACAUAAGGAGAGGAGAAGAAUCGGGGGAUGCACAAAUUGGGAAAGGGCUAAGGAUGAACUGAUUAGAUGUUGGCAGUCAAAGGUCAAGAGGUCACCUCACAAAACACGAUUUUUGGCCAUAACUCAGGAGUUCCUGUGCUAAUUAUGACACAAUUUUACACACGUCUAAUACAUCAUAACAUUCUGCAAAAACAUUUCGUCACAUACGGUGCGUUUAUACAUUUUUCCGAGUAAAAACAUCACCAUUCAUGUCACUUCCUCUGGGAAUCAGAGGUGGGAAACUCUGGCUAGAUUUUGCUAACCGAUUUUCCCAUUUGGUGACGCGUUGUAGACAACUGACACUUGAUGGAGGCAACUUUAUCCGUUUCUUUUCCCGUUGGUUGUCCUGCAGAUAACACAAACAAACACCUG